AUGUGGAGCUGCCUAUGUUCUCGAAAGAUCGUUACUGUGACCGGCAUCGGCGCCCUGACUAUAGCCUGUGUUGGAGGAGUAUAUGUACUUCUCAGCAGCUAUGGCGCGUUCGCUCUGAGGGAGUUCUAUGGUCCCGCAUACUACGACUUACACCUUGGGGAUGAUGCUGGUGCAUGGCAAUGGCAAGUUUGGCUUGCCCUUCCGCUCAUCCCCUUAUCUCUUGUCUCGGCCAGGAUACCUGGUCUACCUCUACCGUCCCUUCCGACGGCCCUCCUACUUCCCUGGCCUUCCCUGUUCCCAACCCCGGCGUUGACUGCCGCGGGAACAUCAUACGCCUUGACUCCCGCUGCGCGAUCAUCACCCAUAUCCUCGACUCUACUCCGCCGCACUUCACUCUGGCCAUUACACCCCGCACCUCUAUGGCCGCCAAGUCCAACGCUGUUGUGUACGGUCAUGCCCAUCAUUGGCGGACUGUAUGGGAGAUUAGUGAAGAGAUUGGAGAAGGUCGCGAUCGACAUUGAGGGAGGGCAAAGCGGUGUAGGUGUAGGGAUGCCGGAGCCCGUGAGAAGAUUUGUAUGGGCCCUCGGAGGCGGUGACGCCGCUGCCGAAGUUCGGAUCGACAUCGCGCGUGCUGAAGCGCCGGCGGCAGGUCAAGCAGGAGGAGACGCGGCGGCAGCUGAACAGGCUCAAGCUGGCGCGGUCCCGGGUGAGGGAGCUGGUGAAGCGCAACCUCAGCCCCAACCUGGUCUGGGUGAGGAAGAGGGAGAAGCAGCAGCCCGUAUCGUGCGCGUAACAGGCGCCUCGCUUGGUCGAGUGCUCGGUGGCGCAUUGGCUCUACCAACUAUCGCACGCCUUGCCGGAGCGCUUCUCCUACGCUUGUCACACUACAGCCCUAUCUUGUCUCGGAUUCUCGCAGCGAGACCCGACGCUUCUACCGUGGCGACGGUCUAUGAAUGGGACUUCGGGACGACGAAUAGCGGCGGUGUAAUCGGCGCUAUCCAGCGCGCAGCCAGGAAAGAGGGUUUAAAGUUUGGCGCUGGCGGUGCAUUGAUGGUCUUUGGGCGUAUGCUCGCGUUCGGACAUCGUGCUUGGAUGGAUGGCGACCCGGUGUGGUGGCGCAACGCGUUGGGCCUGGGUUUGUUCGUCGUCGCCAAAGAUGCUUUGCGUCUUCUUCACCUCCGUCUUGCGGCGCUUGAGCUAGCCAGUCGUCGGCUGAAGGACCGCGACUUUGCGGGUAUCGACCCGGCGGAGCUGGACCUUGUUCGACCGUGGCCCGUACAGGGCCGUGGAAUCGGAGUUGCGAGAGCUUGA